AUGUCUUCAGCCAUGAGAAAAGUGAACGCGAUCACCCAAAUCGUAAGGCUGAGGCAAGUCGUCAGGCGUUGGAAUUCCAAUAGCCUCAUGAGGAGGGCCGGCUACACUCACUUCUCCGAUUCCGACAAACCGCCGGCCCGCCGCACCCCGCCCGGUUCCGUGGCGGUCUAUGUUGGGCCGGAGCGGAGUCGGUUCGUUGUUCCGACCCGGUUCUUGAACCUCCCGGUGUUGGUGUCGCUCCUCAACCAGGCCGAAGAGGAGUUCGGCUACCAAGCCGCCGGCGCCAUCACGUUGCCCUGCGAAGCCGGUUUCUUCGCCUGCAUCAUUCACCUUCUUGAGAAGGAUGAGAAAAGCUUCCAUGGUUUAGAGCUCAACGAGUUCGUGGAGAUGGUUUCCGCCACGCGCUUUCAGUCGUGUGAUCAGUCUUGCAAGGGCUCUUACUUGUCACCGCCGGCUUUCUGCGCGGUCACGCCCUUACUGCACAAAGCUAGGGUUUGA